UGCGUUAUAUAGUGGUGAGAUAAACUAGGGUUUCUUUCAUUCUCUUAGCGCUUUACCCAUUUUUUUCUAAACCCUACACGCCUCAGCUGCCUCCCUCGCCGCACCACCAUGGCGUCAGAGAAGAAAUUGAACAACCCCAUGAGGGAGAUCAAGGUUCAGAAGCUGGUUCUCAACAUCUCCGUCGGCGAGAGUGGAGAUCGUCUCACCAGAGCUGCUAAGGUGUUGGAGCAACUCAGUGGCCAAUCCCCUGUUUUCUCCAAGGCUAGAUACACUGUGAGGUCCUUUGGCAUCAGGCGUAAUGAGAAGAUUGCAUGCUAUGUUACUGUUAGAGGUGACAAGGCAAUGCAACUCCUUGAGAGUGGGUUGAAGGUCAAGGAAUAUGAGCUUCUCAAGAGAAACUUUAGUGAGACUGGCUGCUUUGGCUUCGGUAUUCAAGAGCACAUUGAUCUUGGAAUUAAGUAUGACCCUUCAACUGGUAUUUAUGGUAUGGACUUCUAUGUUGUUUUGGAACGUCCUGGCUACCGGGUGGCACGUCGCCGUAGGUGCAAGUCACGUGUUGGAAUCCAUCAAAGAGUUACCAGGGAGGAUGCAAUGAAGUGGUUCCAGGUCAAAUAUGAAGGUGUCAUCCUGAACAAGGCCCAGAAUAUUCAAACUGCUUAGACAGGGUGUUGUUACCAGUUUUACUCUUAGGAGAUUAUGUUUAUGCUUUUUGUAGACCAUAUCUGUUUACUAUUGAGUUUGGAAAUUUUGAAGAGGUGUUCGCUAUGUUUUAAGACUAAGACAUGUUGCUUCUGUUUAUUUCUGGCAAAACGAAUUCCAACUUUACCAUUUCAUCAAGUUAGUCAAUUCUCGUUGUUCUUGCCAAA